GGGGACUGCAGGGUAUGCCAGGAAACCCUGCAGAAAGCCAUUGAGUUCCGGGAGAACUGUAUAACCACUGAAUUCAAGCUCACCCAAGAAGCCCAGAACACCGAUAUAGAAACUGAGGAAAUGGAAACUGAGUUGGAGAAUGUAUUAUACGAACAGUCAACGGAGCAAAACGAAGAAUAUCCGCUAAGCUAUCAAAAGGAACUGUGUGGACCAGCAGGCGAUGGUCCGUGCCCAACCGAACCCACAGUGGAGCUUCAAACAGUAGUAUCAUCGGAUGCAUUCAGUGUGUUGUACAGGCCUAUCGAACCAAAGAUCCAAACGCCAAGGCCAAAACGAUCCAAGCUAACUAAUGAGGAAAAGAAUCUUAGGCGGCGGGAACAAUUACGAUCCAAGCCCCUGAGCUACGUCUGCGAGCAGUGUGGACACGAUUUUCGUAUGGCUGGCCACCUACAGAUGCAUAUGCUUCGUCACAAUCGUUUCAAGAAAUUCUACAACUCGUACUUGCGGGACAGUCAUCUACGUGUUCGUCACAACGGAGAGCGUCCGUACCAAUGUAACUAUUGCAGCGAAACGUUUGCCUACUGCAAUAUUCGUCAAAAGCAGGAGAGGGAGAUUCACGGAGCACCUCCUCGCAUUCUCAUGAGUCGCAGCACCACAAAUCGAAAGGCUCAAGAGGUCAAUAGUAAACGGCACUUUUGCCAUCUCUGCACAAAAAGUUAUGCCUCAAAGUAUUCGCUCAGUUGGCAUAUAAACUCGCACACCGGGGUCAGGAACCUUAAGUGCAAGUCGUGCGACAUGACCUUCGCCGAUCCUUCUUCAGUGAGGCGACACGAGCGUUUCCAUGAAAAGAGGCCUUUGCAUUGCGAUGUCUGUCUGAAGGGUUUUUUCGUUCUCAGCAAGCUCAAUGAGCAUAAACUCAUGCACUCCGGCGAUCGUCCAUUUAAGUAAGACACCACAUUCCAGUCGUCAAUUGAAGACAACAUUUAUCCGAUCUAACUUUUUCCUGGUGUGAAAUAUGUGAUGCGUAUUUUCGAUACAAAUAUAAUCUUACUUCACUCAA